CAGUGUGCCGCCCUCCUCAAACCAGCAACGCCCGCGUCAAACCCAUGUGCCCGCCCCCAUCUCUACGUGCCCAGACCCACCUAGUUAAAGAUCCCAUGACGCGUACCGCCCCCGCCUAGUUAAAAGAUCCCAUACAAGCCGCAGCAGCAGCAGUGGCCAUAGUGACUAGUAGUGAACUUCCAAAACAAGUCGGCAACGUCCGAGCACACAAUGGCGAGAGGGCGGGAGGGCGAGGUGAGGACCCUGGUGCUGGGCAAGUACGAGCUGGGGCGGAUGCUGGGGCAGGGCUCCUUCGCCAAGGUCUACUACGCCCGCGACCUGCGCGACGGCCAGAGCGUGGCCAUCAAGGUCAUCGACAAGGCCCGCCUCCGCCAGACGGACGGCAUGGUGGAGCAGCUGCGCCGGGAGAUCUCCGUCAUGCGCAUGGUGCGCCACCCCAACGUCGUCGGCAUCCGGGAGGUGCUCGCCAGCCGCCAGCGCGUCUUCGUCGUCAUGGAGUACGCGCGCGGCGGCGAGCUCUUCGCCAAGGUCGCCCGCGGCCGGCUCACCGAGGACGCCGCCCGCAAGUACUUCCAGCAGCUCGUCGCCGCCGUCGCCUUCUGCCACAGCCGCGGCGUCGCGCACCGGGACCUCAAGCCCGAGAACCUGCUGCUCGACGAGGAGGGCCGCCUCAAGGUCACCGACUUCGGCCUCGCCGCGCUGCCCGAGCAGCUGCGCCACGACGGCCUGCUCCACACCCAGUGCGGCACCCCGGCCUACGUCGCGCCGGAGGUGCUCCGCAAGCGCGGCUACGACGGCGCGCGCGCCGACAUGUGGUCCUGCGGCGUCGUGCUCUACGUCCUGCUCUGCGGCUUCCUCCCCUUCCAGCACGACAACUACGUCAAGAUGUACCAGAAGAUCUUCAAGGGCGAGUACCAGAUGCCGCCCUGGGUCUCCGGCGAGGCGCGCCGCCUCAUCGGCCGCCUGCUCGCCGUCGACCCCGCCAAGCGCAUCUCCAUCCCGGAGAUCAUGCUCACGCCCUGGUUCAAGAGGGGGUUCGUGCCGCCCGUCCCCUCCUCCCCCGCCACGCCCAGGAAGUGGGACGACGACAACGCCGCCGCCCUCAUCGACGGCAGCGAGGACAGCUCCGGCAACAUCUCGCCGCGGACGUGCAAUGCGUUCCAGCUCAUAUCAUCCAUGUCCUCCGGGUUCGACCUGUCGGGGCUGUUCGAGAGCGAGCAGAAGGCGGCGACGGUGUUCACCUCCCGCGCGCCGGCGGCCACCGUGUUCCACAAGCUGGAGUCCGUGGGCAAGGCGCUGAGGUACAACACGACCAGAGGGAAAGGGUGGAGGAUCAGAAUGGAGGCCAAGGCCGACGGCGCCAACGGGCGGCUCGCGGUCACCGCGGAGGUGUUCGAGGUGGCCGCCGACGUGACCGUGGUCGAGUUCGCGCACGACGGCGGCGACGCGCUCGACUUCAACAAGUUCUGCGCCGAGGACGUGCGCCCCGGGCUCGCGGACAUCGUCUGGGCGUGGCAGGGUGACGUGCCCGCCUUGCCGGGCGCCGUCGUUUGAUCCAAUGCAAAUUAGUGAUACUGUGUAGGACUUGCCCGAUCAGUGCACCAGCUUGGGCUGUAAAUUUUAGUGCUACUAGUAAGUUUCUUCGGGGCAGCCAUGACUAGAGUGCUAUGGCUCGGUGUAACGCGCAGAGCAACUUGAGGAGAGGUGUCUGUAGAUCACGAUACAUGCGAGGAUUUGUGCCUGAUGUGUACGUACGUCCGGCGAUCGAUGUGUACAUAUAUGCAAGAGUAGUUUUGUUCCUGAUCAA